UGUGCCAGUAUUCUUUGAUCUGUGCCCAGAGCCGUGAAAAACUGUAAUAAAAAAAAAAACAUCAGCUGUUGUUUGUUGCAUUGCAGGUUCUUACUUGUAUAACUUGUUUUCUUUCUCUACGUCUACAAAAACCGCUCUCUUACACUAUGUCCAAGGAAAAGAAAAAAGCUCUAUUUAUCUGCUUAGGAAAUAUUUGUCGUUCACCUAUUGCCGAAGGAGUGUUUCAAAAGACAGUAAAUGAUAUGAAUAUUGGUGAUUACUGGGAAAUUGAUAGUGCUGCUAUCGGUAGUUGGCAUGUUGGGAAUCCGCCUGACUGGAGAGCCUUAGACACUAUGAAAAAACAUAGAGUUCCUUAUAAUAACACAGCAAGACAGGUAAUGGAAGUGAUAGUUACUGAAGAUUUCAAUCAUUAUGAUUUUAUAUUUGGAAUGGAUGACCAGAAUAUGAAAGACUUAAAUAAAAGAGCGCCAAAAGGAUCUCGAGCAAAACUUCUUUUAUUUGGUGAAUUUGAUUCACAAGGUGAAAGAAUAAUCAGGGAUCCAUAUUAUGACAGUGAUGCAAAAGGCUUUGAAAAAUGUUAUGAACAAUCAGUUCGAUGUGCCAAGGGAUUUUUGGAGUACUUACAAAAAUCAGAAGCCAAAUAAGCAGAACUCAUGAUUAUUAAGGCUGGGUUGCACCAUCUUACUUUAACUUUGACAAACGUCAAAAAUCUGUCAAAAUCCAUACAAAAAGCACCGAUUAUCGUCAAAGUUACAGUCAAAAUUAGGUGGUGCAACUCAGCCUUAAAUGUUGGUUUUAAAACUUAAUGUUAAAUAAUUAAAAAUUGUUUAUAAA